ACAAGGAUUAACGGCCAUGUUCAAGAACACGCUCAUUCACAUCCGUCAUGCGCUGAGGGCAACACCCCGUCGUGCCACUACCCGUAUCCCCAUCCAACUUUUACAAGACGUGGCCGGGUUAGGAGUCAGGGGCCAAGUGGUCCAAGUCUUGCCCGCCUACAUGCGUAACUACUUACACCACCACGACCGCGCAUGCUACAUAACUGCCGAAUCAGGCCCACGUAUCCCCGUAGUGAGUCCAGAAGUGCCUGCUCCUGAGGCCGAGAAAAAGCCUGUCGAAGAAGUUUUUGUUCAAGAAGUACAAGAGGAAACCGUGCCUGCAUUUACAUUAUCGGAAUUGUCGACCUUAGUGGGAUCAUUAAGAAGUAAAAAGAGUCAACUGAAGGCCGAACCAGUAUUAAAUAUCGCCGGCCAGGAAAAGGAAGGCGAAGAUAACUACUACUCCAUUGCUGAAUUGCAAGACCAGUUGCCUAAAGUGUAUCAAAUUAGUGCAUCCAAUUUACCCUUGACCAAAGGAAAGGUCAGUGAUGUCGUAUUCAAGAUCACUGGGUCCCGUAUUCCUUUGGCAAAUAUUGAAUUGUCACCUUAUGACAGUCCGUUGAAGUUCAUUGACGAGAUUAAGGAGUUGGGCAAGUACCAGGUGCUUAUCUCUUCUGAAGUGGAAAAGGAAACCCUUACUAAGUUUAUUGAGGUUAAAUAGACUGUAAAUAGCAUGUAAAUAGAUAACAAGACUUACUUAAU